ACGCGGUUGUCAGGAAGAGGUUGGUGAGAAAACGUGUGCGUCAGUAUGAUUUGAUUUCUUUUUGACUAAUAUGCUAACCGUGUUUAUGAACACGUUACUUAUCGAUGUAUAUUUGGGGUCUUAGAUUGGCAUCAGUUCUGUCUAAGCUCAUCGUCCUGGAUCUCCUCAGUCCUUUCGGUUGGGUGGAGUGUUUUUCUUCACUCAGGAUGAACGCGGGGUUCAAGACCACAGUUUAAGCUGACAGGUGUCUUUGUGGCACCUCUCAUCAGUUGUUAUGGGUACGGCUUCCUCUCUGGUGAGCCCCGGGGAGGUGAUUGAGGAUGCGUAUGGGGGUGAGGGAGGGGAGGCGUGUGAGAUACCGGUGGAGGUGAAGCCAAAGGCCCGUCUGCUGCGGAGCUCCUUCCGCCGUGGGCCUCGUGUCAUCGGCGCCAGCUUCAAAUCUACCGGAUCGGUGGAACUGGAGUAUGCGGCGGAGUAUGAGCGCCUCAGGAAAGACUACGAGAUCUUUAGGGUCAGCAAGAACAAUGAGAUCGCCUCCAUGCAGAAGAAAGAAGCCAAGCUGGAUGAGGAGAACAAGAGACUGCGUGCUGAGCUGCAGGCUCUUCAGAAGACUUACCAGAAGUUUCUUCGAGAGAAGGAAAGUGCCCUGGAGGCAAAGUAUCAAGCAAUGGAGAGAGCUGCCACCUUUGAACAUGACCGAGACAAGGUCAAACGGCAGUUUAAGAUAUUCCGGGAGACUAAAGAAAAGGAAAUUCAGGAUUUGCUGCGGGCAAAACGAGAUCUGGAGUCAAAACUUCAACAGCUGCAGGCUCAAGGCAUUCAGAUUUAUGAUCCAGCAGACUCGGAUUCAGACGACAACCACACCACUGUCACCACUGCAGGAACUCAGUGCGAGUACUGGAGUGGUGGCAUAUUGGGCAGCGAGCCGUCCAUGGGCAGUAUGAUGCAGUUACAGCAGACACACAGAGGUCCAGAAUUCGCUCACAGUCUCAUUGACGUGGAGGGGCCAUUUGCCAACGUCAGCAGAGAUGAUUGGGAUGUGGCUGUAGCCAGUCUGCUGCAAGUUUCUCCUCACGUCUCUCAGGCUCUGUGGAGUAACACAGUCCGCUGCUACCUCAUAUACACACAGGAGACCAGAGCGGAGCUGCAGGCCUUUAUACAAACUCAUUCUUUGAAGCUGCAGAGGUUUUGUGAGGGUUUGGGUCAUUUCUACCUGAACGUGUCAUUUCCUGAGGAGAAAGCUGCUCUGUAUGCUGCUGAACGCAGGCGGGAGAUCGAGAGGAGCUCUGUGUGCGUGCUGCUACUCAAGUCCUCAGUGUCCAGUUGUGUUGUAGAGGAUGUGGAGGAAGCAUUUGUGGAAACCCCAGACUCUCGGCCUCUCUUGCUGUAUUUGCGAACUGGUGAGAGAAAAGGAGAAAAGGAAGAGGUCUCCACCCUCAGCCCAUCCACUAGAGACUUGCUGGAGAGAGUUAACAAAGCUGACAAGAGUGCCAAACUUAAGGUAGUGGAUCAUGCAGGGUCUGUAGAGGAAGGAGCUGCUCUUAUAUUCACACAACUUGAAAGAGUUAUCAAACAGGAGUUGUUGGGUUUGGAGUUAGAAGAGAGUGGAGCGGUGGAGGAGAGAGAAGAGGAAGACUCUGGGGAUGUGCUGUGGGAUCUUCAUGAUGAGCAGGAGCAGAUUGAGGCGUUCCAGCAGGCUUGCAGCGCAGCAUCCAGAUUCAGCUUCCAGAAGUAUGUCGACCGACUCAAUGAAAUGGUAGCCGCCCCUCCACCCACCCCACCACUGCUGGUAUCUGGUGCACCUGGAUCUGGCAAAUCACUUCUGCUGGCUAAAUGGAUAGAGUUACAGCAGAAACACUCUCCCAACACCCUCAUCCUGUAUCACUUCACGGGACAUCCUCUCUCUACCAGCACUGAUCCAGUGCUCAUCAUUAAGCGACUCACAGUGAAGCUGCUCCAGCAUUUCUGGUCUAUUUCUGGCCUCUCGAUGGACCCUUCUAAGAUCCUCGAAGAGUUCCCACGCUGGCUAGAGCGGCUGUCCGCGUGUCACCACGGCAACAUCAUAAUCAUCAUUGACUCCAUUGACCAAAUACAGAAUGCUGAGCGGCACAUGAAAUGGCUGAUUGAUCCUCUUCCUGCUAAUGUGAGAGUCCUGGUGUCCGUUAAUGUGGAGACCUGCCCACAGGCAUGGAGAUUGUGGCCCACGCUGCACCUGGACCCGCUCAAUCCCAGGGAGGUGAAGAGUGUCAUCAGCACCGAGUGUGUGAACAGCGAAAUCAAACUCCCCAAAGAUCAGGAGAAGAAGUUGGAGAGACAUUGCCGUUCAGCUGCAACAUGCAAUGCGCUCUAUAUCUCACUGCUGGCAAGACUUAUUACACACUGUAGAUCCUCCUGGACAUUGGAGAUGACUCUGCAGCAGUGUGCGUUGUGUCAAGAUACAGUAUCGCUAUACAGACUGGGCCUGAAGGCAGCGCUAGACUCACUCAGCACGGAUCAGGAAAAACACAUCAUGAAAGAGUUGUUGUGCUUGGUCUGUGCCAGUCACAAUGGCAUUAGUGAAUCAGAGGCUUUGGAGCUGUUCCCAGACCUGAGUUUUCCCGCCCUCACCACACUGCUCCACAAUCUGGAGAGACUCCUCAUCAUUACCUACGCCUGUGGCCUCGUUCGCUUUCAGCACCCACAGGCAUGUGAAGCGGUCAACCAAGAGUUUCUGGAUGGGGGCAAAUGUCGUGGAUCCUACUGCGAGAAAAUCAUUCGGUUCUUCAGUGAACAGCUGAAGCAAGACAGAGUGACGUGGAGGGUGGCUGAUGAAUUGCCGUGGUUACUGCAGCAGCAGGAAGAUCAAAGUAAACUCCAGAUGAGUUUGCUUAACUUGUUUGUGUCCCAGAACCUGUACAAGAGGGGUCAUUUCUCUGAGCUGCUGACAUACUGGCAGUUUGUUGGUAAGGAUAAGUGCUCGAUGGCGACAGAGUAUUUCGACUCAUUGAAAGAGUUUGAGAAGACCUGUGAGAGUGAGCAGAGCAUGAGCCAACUGGCAAACCUGUACGAGACACUAGGCCGCUUCCUCAAAGACCUGGGACUGCUCAGCCAGGCGGUGGCCCCCUUGCAGCGCUCCUUAGAGAUCCGUGAGACGGCUCUUGAUCCGGACCACCCAAGUGUGGCUCAGUCCCUGCACCAGCUGGCGGGGGUUUACGUUCAUUGGAGGAAAUUUGGAAACGCAGAGCAGUUGUACAAACAAGCAAUGGAGAUUUGUGAAAACGCUUACGGCCCUGAACACAGCACUGUCGCUAGAGAACUAGACUCACUCUCGCUCCUCUACCAGAAACAAAAAAAAUAUGAGCAGGCCGAGAAGUUGAGAAAGAGAUCAGUCAAGAUUAGACAGAAGACAGCACGACAGAAAGGCCACAUGUAUGGUUUUGCUCUCUUGAAGCGGCGGGCUCUGCAGUUAGAGGAACUUACUCUUGGCAAAGACUCCGCAGAUAGUGCCAAGACUCUAAAUGAGCUUGGAGUGCUUUAUUACCUGCAGAACAACCUGGAUGCUGCAAAAAUGUUCUUGACCCGUUCCCUGGAGAUGCGCCAGCGCGUGCUGGGGCCAGAUCACCCCGACUGCGCCCAGUCUCUGAACAACCUAGCUGCGCUUCACAGCGAAAGGAAAGAGUAUGAGAGUGCUGAGGAGCUGUACGAAAGAGCACUUGACAUCCGUAAACGAGCACUCGCCCCAGAUCACCCCUCUCUCGCCUAUACCCUCAAACACCUGGCCAUGCUUUAUAAACGCAGGGGGAAGCUGGAAAAAGCAGUUCCUCUAUAUGAACUGGCUCUUGAAAUCAGAGAGAAGAGCUUCGGGCCUAAACACCCAAGUGUUGCCACAGCUUUGGUUAACCUUGCAGUGCUCUAUUGCCAGCUGAAGCAGCACAGUGACGCAUUGCCUUUGUACGAGCGCGCUCUAAAGGUAUAUGAGGACAGUCUCGGCCGACUACACCCUCGUGUUGGAGAGACUCUGAAAAACCUGGCUGUACUCAGCUAUGAAGAGGGAGAUUUUGAGAAGGCUGCUGAACUGUACAAGCGAGCAAUGGAAAUAAAAGAGGCAGAGCCAUCUCUGGUGUGCGGUAAGGCCCCCUCACGUCACUCAUCUAGUGGUGAUACCUUUAGCCUGCGAAGCCCCGCACUGCCUCACACCUCAAGGUGACACCUGACCCCUCAACACUUACAAAGAUGAACUCUUACCUCUAUUAAUGAAGCCAUAUUGGCCACACUUGAUGUGUUCAAGCAUGUGCUUGAUGUCUACAUGGAGCAAUCAAAUAUGCAUGGUAAGAAAACAUUGGAACCCAACAUGGUUCUCAUUCCUACUGUAAUUUACAGUAUGAAUCAUACGUGUUUUAAUGUAUCAUUCCUUGCCACUGGGUUUUGAACAGUUUCUCUCUGGCUCUCAUAAAGGCAAAUCCUG